AUGAACAAUUUGAAUUUCCUUCGUGAAGAACCACCGCUCAAUUGGCUUGAUUAUUGUGUAAAUGAAAAAAAAUUCAAAAUAUUUUUGGAAUCGAAAAAAUCAGAUCCCACGCAAGUUUCAACAUUGGGAAGUCAGUUCACUGAUCAGGCUAUACUAGUUGAUAGAGAAUGUGAUAUACUCGCACGGACUGAAUGUGACAAAGAAAAUCUGGCUCAUAUUCGACAUAAAUCAACCAAGUUAUGGAUGUACGCUUUCUCUUGCUUUGCGUCUAUGAACUGGGAUUUUGCUCUCAUGAAACAGUUCUUUUUUUAUGUUUUUCACAAUAUUUUAUCAAUGAGGGCUCUUAUGAAUCGACUUGUGGCAUUUUGCUAUCCUGGGAGAACUGUAGGUUCGGUAGAUGAUGUACUGUCGAUUUUGGAGGAAAUCAAAGAGUCAGACAUGAAAUUUAGGAGGCCAGAGCACUUUUUUAUAAGUUGGUUAUACGCUACAUGGUUACUGAAAGUAGAUGUCAGUGGACGUUAUCCUGAAAUUAUUGCUAAACCAACUGUUAGCAAUCCAGCGAAUCAAUUCGACUCUAAUCUCAUGCAGUCAGAGCAGUUUAAAAAUUGUAUUAUUGAGUUGCGAAAAAGUGUGGAGGGGGCUAGAAGUUUUCUAACAAGAAUACUGGAAUGUUGCUGUAACGAUCAAAUGGUUGUAUUAACAAAGGAUUGCUUUCUCGAACCAUUAAUAAAAGGCAGUGAUUUAAAAAUCAACAACUUUUUGAAUUUUGGAUCUCUAAAUGUUAUUCCUGUUCAAGUUCCUAACUUCCAAGCAUCGGAUAGGUGGCUCAGUCCUGAUUUGUGGGCUCCUUUGGUUUCGUUUUCUCUUAUGUGCAAUCAUUUUGCUGCUGGUAACUUGAUAGAAGCAAGAAACAAGCUGAAACAGAUUGUUAGAAAUUGGGAAAGGUACGACAAAGGAUCAGUAAAUAAUCCUAUGCCAAUUUUCGGCAUAAAUGUGGAUGAUUUGGCUGGCUACUGUGAUGCAUUCGGUAUUGCUCAUUCAUUUCAGCCUCCUGUUUCUCGUAUUCAUGAUGAAUCGAUAUUCAGCGAAGUUAAUGAAAAAAUAAUGAAAAGUAUCGAUUCUUUUACGAUGUUACAGCAAUCAGAAUGUCAAAGGAUAGCGUGCACAUCAAUGGCUGCUUCAUCUGAUGAUAUUUUUGUGGAAAAUGUUGUUAAACAGUUCGUCAAUGAUUUUUCACCUACCUUAAACGCAUUGAUUAAAUUAAUAAAUAAAACAUCCACUGCACAUUUGAUCAAGGUCUGUUGGCGUUUGAUAAAAAUGAAGGCAAAGAUUACAGCUCUACAAGAAAUAAUGCAGUUUUUCUCAGCAAAGAUCCCAAAUUUCGUCAAAGAUUUCGAAAAUGUUAGAUUUUCUGAAGUUGUUCCGUUGUUCAGAAACUGCUUAGAGACUUUUUUACGAUUUCUUAAAAAAAAGCUUUUGACUGGUGAUAUUGAUCUGUGGCGCUUACUUGUUUCUUUUGACAUGCCUGAAAUCAAAUCGUUGUGUUCAAAACUGUCUACACAGUUCAGUCUCCCUAGACGUUAUGAAAUAAGCAGAAUGGUUGGUGAUGCUAUAUCAGCUGCUGCCACCCAAGGAAAUGUCGAAAAUGUCAACUUGAUAUUGGGAAAGCUGGAACAAUUAGCAGUAAUAGGAGAUGGAGCGCGAUGGCGGACAUUUUGCAAUGACUGUGUGAAAGAAAUGGGACCACUGGGAAAAAUUCCGGAUAUACAAGUGCGAUUUGCUUACGAUGCUGUAAGAGUUCAGCUUGAAUGUUGGCAUGCCCGAUUAUCGAGAGUUUCGAAUAACGCUGAGUUCGUUCAUUUCACUCAUACUUUAAAUUUGACGGUUAAAGCAUUUGUACAAUCGUCCAUGACAAACACUGCAGCAAUUAUAGUCUAUAAUUUAUUGUUCACUCACUCUUUUGCUUGUUUAAGAUUAAGGAGUCCAUUCUUGGAUGUAGCAAAAAUGAUUGGUGCUUAUAUGACUAGUACUGAUUCAAUAGUUGCUCGACAAAUUAUCGAAGGUCCAUGGUGGCAUGUUAUGAGUUCAACUUUUCAAGAGUGUCAGACAAGCAGUAAAAGGCGAAACGAGGGACAAUUGAUUGACUGUAAACUGCUGGUCACAAAAUCACAGUUCCUGGAAAUGAUACGACUGAUCAAGGAAUACCGAACCAUAUCAUUCUUGAUCAGUUUUCUUGGAAAAAUGUUUACAGCAGCUAAAAACGAACUAAAAGUCAUGAAAGAAAUCGGUGGAUUAUCAGCAGGGCAAGAUAUUGAGAAAGAUAUAUUCAUUGAGCAUCCCGAAUAUUGGCAUUCCUUUCUUUAUUUCAUACCUAUACUUUUAAGGAAACAAGCAGGCGAUGAACCAAAGUUCGAUAUACCAUUUUUGGUUGAAUGCCUUCACAUUGUAUUCGAAAAUGCGUUGAUGAUCAACCCAAUAAAUGCAUUUUGGUUAAGAUCAUACGCCGAUUUUCACUUUGCUUGCGACAAGUUUUUUGAUGCUUUGGUGCUAUAUAUGGAAGCAUGUGUAGCUUGCAGUGAGUCUUUACUUAAACCUCUUCCGGACAAUGUUGUUGAUGACGUAAUGUGGCGAAAAGUGCAGCAUUGUUUACGAUUCAUUGGAAAUGAAACAGCGAGUGCUUUAAUUUGUCAGUUCAUGCGAACUGUCCCGGAGCGCUAUAUUUCAACGGCAGCAUCACUAAUGAAAACUUGCGGUGAUUCAUUUGAUGAUGCAUGUGGAUAUUUUACACUACUAAGUGAUAUGAAUUUAGUUGAAUUUAUGAGCGAUGUUUAUGGGAAGCUUAAUCUUCAUAAAAAAGAAAAAUGCUUGUUACAAGCAAUUUCAGUACCAGAGAUGAAUUCUCACAAUAUGAGUCAGCUCGAGAAAUUUCGCCGACGAGAACGAUUUUUACUUGUUCUCUGUGCUCAUGUGUUUCGACUGAAUCUUUGA